AUUUCUAAAACUUUUAUAUCAUGCCAUUGACCUCCUAAGCUCUGGGUGUGUAUUAGCACAUGGAAUCCUCAGAAGAAGCCUAGGAGGUGGGUUUGACACCAGGGAAGAGGAGGGGCAGGAAUGUAAAGAAAAAUGCAUAACGGUGGACUGUCAUUCUUCUCCUGUCCCUCUUUGUCACAGGGUGAGCUCUGCUAGCAGCCGAAGGUCUCUAGCUUCCUUCUGCUUCCUGCAGAUCCUCCCGGUUCCCCAUCCCACCCACACCACAGCCCGUGGGGCUCCCAGCUCAGACCAGAUCCCAUGGAUCCACGGGAGAAAUGGAACGCAGCGUUGAAUUCUGGGUCUCCCCGGCUGACCAUUACUGCCGCCUCCCAGGAGGUCGUGUUGGUCUCUGAGCCUUGCUCCUCACAACAGCUAAGGAUGAGCUUCAGCGCACCAAGCCCUGGUGCGGGCACCAGUGCCCCUGCGCCUCUGCCCGAGGGGCUGGCCCAGCAGCACUACAGGGAGGAGAAGAGUCUGCUGCGGCAAAGGCGCUGGGAGAGGCUGGGGUUAUCGCAGAAGAAGAAGGGGUUCCGGGGCCAGGGCCACAUGAGACGCAGGCACCGCGACCACAUGGCCCCUUAUGCAGUGGAAAGGAACACCGGAUCGUCUGUAGAUGACAGAGCUCACAGUCGGAUCCGAUGUGAUUGUCGAUACUGCCAGGGCCACGGGCAGCAUGCGGGGGUCUCUGGGGAAAGAAAUGCCACCGGCAGUUCCUCCUCCUGGGACUCGCUGGUACAGGGCCUCAGCGGCUUGACCCUCAGCAUGGGCACCAACCAGCCUGGCCUUCUGCCAGAGGGGGCACAGCAGCAGCAGCAGCUGCCGAGGCUGCUGCCCCCUGAAGAGAGGUGCCCACGGGAGAGACAGCAGGAAAACAAGAAGAUGUUCCAGAGGCUGCUCAAGCAGUGGCUGAAAGACAACUGAAACGGUGGUGCUCAUGGGACAGAGACUGAAGGGAGGCAGACAUGCUGUGUGGUCAGCCCUCUUGGGCACCAGUGAGCUUUCCUCAUAGGACUCCCUAGCCCUGUGCUGACCAGAAUCCUCUCAGCUUGACAGUUCAGUCACUCACAGGAAGUCCCUCAUCUCUCCUGCCUGAUGUUUUAGGAUGGUUGUGAGGCAUUCUGGGGCAUGGGAGACAGCACCCCAGUGGUCCUCACCUCAUCACAUGCUGUCCCUUUCUCUGCCUGGCUCUCCGUCUUUGCUCCCUACCGUGUGCCAGUAAGAUAGAAGCUGUCUCUGUGGUGUGACUGCCUUGUCCAUGUCCAUGUGCUUUUGUGCCAUUUUCUGGACUGCCAACCAGGAGCAGUGCUCUGUCAGUUUGAAGUGGCAGGACGUGACACUGAGAUCCGGGUUCAAGAAUCUGCCACGGAAAGCAAGUGUGGGAAAGGGAUGUCAAUUUGGACCUUGGUGGGUCACCAUUGUACUGUCUUUGUAAAGUAUUAUGACUAUGAUAAACUAACUGUAAGUAAACGUUUUCCUGCUCCUUCACAGUUGAGUGUUCUCCCACACAGGGCUUUUUCAUAGCAUCAGAAAUACCAAAUAAAUGUGCACGUGAAAGGAAACGACCUUAAGAAUUGAGGUUUGUGAAUCGAUAGUGGUUUGUUUCUUAUGGGAUCUGAGAUCACUACCUUGAAAUCCCUGGCCAGUGAACUGGAGCCUGCAAGAGGCACUCAGCACUGGGAGAUGGGGGUACACUGGGUAGAUGGGAAUAGAGUGGUUGGGGAAUGGGAAGAGAGAGAACCUGCUCCAGUCACUGUUGGAGGCAUUGGCAGGGACCAGCCCCUGGAGCAGGCAGCCAGCGAGGUUGUAAGGGAGUCCUCCUGCCCACAGGAGACUGGAAGCAGUCUCUACUUGCCCCGGUAGGAGCCCUGAGGCUUGGCACAGAUGUUCUGGCUGAGGUAUCCCAAGGCCAUUCCUUGUGGCCUGGGGCA